AUGAUUAAAAGACUAUCGGAGAAAAUGGCGACAGAAGGCGGCUUGGCUCCCAGCAGCGAUGACAUGCCCGUGGGUGGACCCAAGACGCCCCAGCAAAUCGCGGCGCAGCGCCGCCUACAACAGACCCAGGCUCAAGUCGACGAGGUGGUUGACAUUAUGAAAACAAAUGUCGAGAAAGUGCUGGAGCGAGACCAAAAGCUAUCGGAAUUGGAUGACCGAGCCGAUGCACUCCAGCAGGGUGCUUCGCAAUUUGAACAGCAAGCUGGCAAACUGAAAAGCAAAUUUUGGUUGCAAAACUUAAAGGUAACUUUGGAUGAUGAUAAUCGCUGCUGUUAUUGGAAUCAUCAUAUUGGCUUUAAUCAUCGGUCUGUAAACACCCGAGGAGGAUCGGCGCCGCGCACCAUUCAACAUCGACAUCUUGGUUCCGGCAAUAUAUUCUUUUUUUUUUUACAU